CCCCUUGCCCUCGCCAUAUCGUCUAUCGCCUUCGGUUGCCACUCCUCUCCCCCCGCCAUGUCGCUCGCCAUGGCCACUCCCACCGCCACCGCCGCCGCCCAUCUCGCCUCGCCCCUCCUCUUCUCCUCAUCCCCGGACCCCCGCAGCCGCCGAACCCUGAGGGCCCCGUUCCGACGCGCCCGCCUUGCCGUCGUCGCCUCCGUCCCCGACCCCGCCGACAAGCCGGUGGAGUACACGCCCUGGCUCAUCGCCGGCCUCGGCAACCCCGGCAGCAAGUACCACGGCACUCGCCACAACGUGGGGUUCGAGAUGGUGGAUCGCAUCGCGCGGGACGAAGGGAUCACGAUGAACACCAUCCAGUCCAAGUCUCUGCUCGGAGUAGGUUUAAUUGGGGAGGUACCAGUGCUGCUGAUAAAGCCACAAUCAUACAUGAAUUACUGUGGUGAAGCAAUUGGACCGCUUGCUGCCUAUUACCAAGUACCUCUGCGGCACAUUCUUGUGAUUUAUGAUGACAUGAGUCUGCCCAAUGGUGUAUUGCGACUUCAACGGAAAGGUGGCCAUGGCCGCCAUAAUGGCCUACAGAAUGUAAUUGAGCAUUUGGAUGGCUGUCGGGAGUUUCCUCGUUUAUCUAUAGGCAUUGGUAGCCCACCUGGCAAAAUGGAUACACGAGCUUUUCUUCUGCAGAAGUUUAGUUCAGAGGAACGAAUUCAGAUUGACACCGCAUUGGAGCAAGGGGUGGAUGCUGUGAGGACCCUUGUGCUCAAGGGUUUUAGUGGAAGUAUUGAGAGAUUUAAUCUGGUGCAGAAGUACAAGUUCAACAGGGCUUGAUGAUUCUUUAGAUGCUUGGAUCUGUCUACUUUUGGAAGAUACAUGAAUGCACACGAAAAUGUUUUUGCAAGCGUUUGAUGUGAUAAUACGCAUAACCUUAGGUGCACUAAGUUGGAUGUCCUGUAGUUUUGAGGAUGUUAAAAACUUAAACAGGGUGUAGAUAAGGUAGAGUUCUUCUGCACAUCUUCCUAAAGAUAACUCAUGGUUUACUCAAAUUGGAAAUAAAAUAGGUCCAUUUGAUGAAGGUCAUGUAAAAACACUUUGUACUUCUGUAGGUUAAUGACACAUUAGUCUGAUGUAAAAGAGGAAUGUAGACCAUUUCAUUCCACCUUUCCUAA